AUGCCCUCUCGCGCAGCCAAGACACCCUCUUCCACGCCUCCUACGGGCAGUCCUUUGUCCAAACGGCAGCGUCAGCGACAACAGAGAGAGGUCACUGCAAUGUCGUCCCAAGCGGUGUCACCAGGGCCAGCCUCUCCUCUUGCCAGCUCGCCUCCUACAACAACAGGUAUCAUUAUCCCAGACGAUAGACUCAGCCCUCGAGCCAGCCCAAGCAAAUACCCAACGCCUUUACCUGACGAGGUCGACGACGAGCCAUUGCCAGUCCCACAACCUAUUUCGGUUGUCUCCGUCCCCGAAGGAGCAUUGGUUGACAUUGGAAUAGAGGACACGUUUCUUGGGCAGGAGUCGACAACUACCAUUGCUCCCCAGCCAAUGCUUGUCGCUGUCGAUGAUGACGUUGAGACAUUCAUCCAGCAACCUGCUUCGGAACCGACACCCGACCGUCACACUCAAAGCGUCCCCGAGCCACCUUAUCCUCCAACCCCCCAAAGCCAUCACCAGCCUACUCUCAAAGGCAGUCGUCGUCGUUCUUCUCGCCACUCCUCGUCCCCCGGACCUUCCCGUGUCUCAGACCACCUUGGUUACGGACAAUCCCCAAAUGAAGACGGACAUAUGCGAGUACCCCAAGCCCCUCGGUCACAUGCAACCGCACCAAGAGCGUUGUCUGCUCUGUCAGCUGCAUUACGCACAGUUCAGGCAGUAACAAGUACGGCAACAGCCUAUGCGAGCUCAGGGUAUACCAACUAUCAACACCAAAGUGGCGAAGGUCGGCGGGCUUCGAUGCAUUACUCAUCAACGAACCAACGGAACGGACAUUCAAACGAGUCACAAACAGAAGAAGACGAAGAUGAGAUUGUCGGCGCGCGAUGGGCGGAAUGUGGUGGCAGUCGUUUGCUCAUCCUUGCCUAUGCUGGAGGUGUCCAGGUCUGGGACACCAGCUCUUUGAGCAGCAUCAAGGAGGUCGCCAAUAUAUGCAUUCCGGGUGGACCAGAUGACAUGAAGGGCCCUGUUCUCUCUGCUGCUGUGUUACCCGGCGAAAAGAAUGGUGUCGACAUUGGAAUUCUCACUCCUCAUUCCUUGUACAUCUUCAAUUUGACACUCGGACGCGUAGUUGUCUCGCACCCAUUUCGCCCUUUUUCAAGUCCCUCCGCUGCGGCCCUUGAAGCUGUCAAGGACGAAGCCGACGCCAAUCAUCGUCGCCGUGGUUCUAGCGAUAGUCUUAGUCGCGGCAGUUUCCGUGAACGGAAAAUUACCGGACGUAGGAUUAUUGGCGAGUCAGAGGAUGCCAUCGGUACACCUAGUGGUUUCGAGGCAACAUGCAAAGUGGUAUUGGUGAUAACGCACUCUCCGCCUGCGCUAGUAAUACUUGCUCGGUCGUCGUUGCAAGUUCUCCAUGUGGUUCCUUCUGGUCUACUUGCGGUCCCCCAACCACUAAGCUCAUCACUGGGCUCUAACUCGGCGUCCUCAUCGUAUGGUUCUUCACCCCCCGGUCGAAUUCAUCCAGCACCACUGAACGAUACUCCCAAUGCGCUCCAUCUUCCUCGCACACCUGUAGCAGCGCUCAAUGGACGUCUUCUCGCUUUCUUGGCGCAACCAUCCGAUCUCGCCUCUGGCGUUGAAUCUCCGACAAGCGAUAGUGGACUAGCCGGCUGGGGUCGAACACUCGGUCGAUUCUUUUCACGCAGCGCCCCUGCUGCAAGUAAUGCUGUCAGCAUGCUUGGUGGCUCACCAGUUGGCAAUGCGGUUUUAGAAGCCUCAUCAAACGUUCUUGCUGCUGCUGGACUCGCGACAAUUCAGGGUGGCGCUGGAUCGUGGGUUCGGAUCGUCGAUUUGGAGCCACUGAUUGGUGGCAAGCACGUUCCGCGAGAUUUGCAUGCAUUCACCGCAGGAAAGCAUCCAGUCGGAGGUUUAUAUUUCGAGCAAGAUGGAACUCGGCUAGUGGUUGUUCGUCGUGAUGGGCUUGGCGCUGGGGUUUGGGUCAUACGCCCCACCACUCGCCAUAUGGAAACGGAACUCUCGAAUCCAGUCAACCUGUACAAACUUCGUCGUGGGCGCACUAACGCAGUCAUAGAGACCGUUGCAGGAUCACAUGAUGGACGAUUCAUUGCUCUUUCCACUCGAAGACGGACGGUCCACGUGUUCGCUGUCAACCCCUAUGGUGGAAAGGCAGACCUGCGUAGUCAUCUAAUGGCGCAAGUUCGGGAUGCAGAGCUUGGACCAACUACACUGGGUGCGCUCAGUGUACUCCCGUCUGAGAAAGAUGGACCGCCAACUGAUGUGCAUGCUUUGACAAGAAUGCAUUUACCGGCCAAAUCCACGCAGCAUGUUGGAGAGAGUGAUUUUGCUUCGAUUCCUCUGGCACCACUCGCUAUCUCCUUUGUUUCGAUUUCGUCAGGGCUUCCAACGAACCCACUACGCUCACCUGCAAGUCCAGCCUCGCCAUCGCACGCACAACCAAAUGGUGUUCAAGAGGUCCUUGUGUUCGACCCUGUGGAUGGUAUCCUUACCUUGCGUCGAAUUACUUUGACCAUGGAAGUAUCGACUCCUCUUACAAUGGGUGUUCCACUUCCAGUUAGCAUGUCUUUGCCAACAGGACGCUUGAUAGGUGGCUCCGGCAUAAGCGCCAGUCCUCCAGCUUAUCCUUCGUCAUUUGGACGAGGAGGCUCAACACAACAGGCAAUUGGUCCAGCGCAUGGUUCGGUUACAACUGGUGGAGAUGGUAUCGGUGCAGAGUUAAGUGGAAAGGAGUCCGCUGUUGCCACCUGGAACUUGCGGAGGAGGAAGGGUUGGGCUGAGAUAAGACGUACCGAUAUUGCACGAAAAGGUCUCAUCAAGAGCACUACGCACAGUGUCAAGGAAGAUUGGCUCUCUCAAGCAGAGUUGUCAACCUUUUCAACGCCGCGUGUGCUGCCUCGACCAAUCUACCUCACCCACCAAUUCGCAUUCUAUACCUUGGGUGAAGAUUAUCAUGCUCUUAUCCGACGAUACCAGCUUGGUCUUCGCGGGGCCAAAAUUGACGUCCGUCGCGAAGUGGAAGUGAGUGGGACAUACGCUUCGGGUGGAGAAGCAUUCGUGGAGGGUAUUGCGACUUCGUCAUCACCACGAGCAAUUCAUCGACGAAACCGCAACUCACAGGCCUCGUUUGAUGAACCCCUCGCCAGUGCCUUGGCCGGGGCUCAAUAUGCUCUCCCUCCACCGGUAUUACCGAUGCUACCUAACGGGACACCCUCAUCAUUCCGUGGCAGUAUUCCGAUCCGAGCGGUUGCUGCUGGAUUGGGCGAUGGAGUGGCUGAAGGUAUUGGGCGAAUCAAACGAGAGAUGCGUCAUCAGCGGCAACGGCAGUUGGCUCGGUCGCCGCCAAUUGUGCGGCAUGUCAGUGGAGACGACCUCGAGGCCAGUGUGCCUCUCGAAUUUGAUGAAGAAGACGAGGACUUUAUUGGAGUACCUGCUCGCCUAGAGCCUGAAUCUUUCUUGCAAGUUCAUGUCGAUGGGGAAGAAGACGAUUUGUCGGCAAACACAUCACCUUCUCGGACCGGUGGAGAUUCAGUUCUAUCGAUCUCAACCCCUGCGACGAGUGCGCAAGACGAAAUGGAGCUUGAUGAGAGUGGCUGGGGACCAGAGGACAAACUAGCUGUUGAAGAGGCGGAGAGGUUUGAUGACAUAUCGGUGGUCGGGUUUUUGGACGAGGAGCAGCAACAUGUGGCUGAGACAAUUCGUCCUAAACCCAAGGGAAACUCAGAUCUCAACAUGGCCAUGUCUUUCAGGGACGCUCUUUCCAGGCUCGAAAACAGCCGCGUAAAAUCAACACGACCACUUAUUCCUCCCCAAAUCCUACAAGAAGACCUUCCACUCACCCUCCUGGCUGCACACACUGUACUACAAGGCCGAGUGGAAGUAGAAAACAUUUUGAAAGGCGACGAUGACCGAUUGCUCGUCGUUGUCGGGCCGUGCUCUGUUCACAACCCCGAAGCUGCCCUUGAAUACGCCAAGCUACUCAAAGCUUAUGCCGACACUGCUCGAGAAGACCUGCUGAUUGUGAUGCGCGUGUACUUUGAGAAACCACGGACGACAGUUGGGUGGAAGGGACUAAUCAAUGACCCGGAAUUGAAUGGCUCGUUCCAAAUCAACAGAGGACUACGCAUUGCCCGCACGCUUUUACUUGACAUCGCGAAACUUGGUCUUCCUGUUGGAUGUGAAUUUUUGGACACGAUUUCCCCGCAGUAUACGGCAGACCUCGUGUCUUGGGGUGCAAUCGGGGCAAGAACAACAGAGUCACAGGUCCAUCGGGAAUUAACUUCAGCUUUGUCGAUGCCUACGGGCUUCAAAAACUCCACGGACGGGAGUGUUGGAAUUGCCAUUGACGCCUGCCGUGCGGCCAAGAGCGGUCAUGUCUUCCUGAGUGUCGGGAAGGAGGGGCUUAGCUCAAUCAUAGAGACCGAGGGCAACCCUUAUGUUCACGUUAUUCUACGAGGAGGAGCGUCAGGCCCCAACUAUGCUGCUGAUUUCGUUCGCGAUGCCGGCGCCAAACUUAAAAAAGCUGGAGUGGUGCAGAAAAUCAUGAUUGACUGCAGCCACGGAAAUAGCCAAAAGCAACACGAAAACCAAAAGAUAGUUGCAGAAGACAUCGCCCACCAGCUUGAAUCGGAGGACACCAGCUCCUUGAUUAUGGGUGUCAUGAUUGAGUCGAAUCUUGUGGAGGGUCGGCAGGACAUUCCCACCACUGGGCUAGCAAGUUUAAAAUGGGGCCAGUCGGUCACCGAUGCUUGCAUAUCAUGGGAAACGACUGUUCCCGUGUUAGACCGACUGAGAGAGGGUGUUCGGGGCAGGAGAGCACUACUCCGCAAGGCGGCCUCCAGCUGA